AUUUUAUGCUCUAUUGAUUUAUAUACGGAAUUGUUUGUAAUUUUAGAUGACGUUCGCUGGUGCGUGUUUACGAAAGCUGAAAGGCUUAAAUGCAUGGCUCUUUCUCGUGCAAUUUCUCUAACACCAACGUUUUCUACCAACUUUACCCUUACUUGUGUCAUGGGCCUCUCAGAAUUCGACUGCAUGAAGCUUAUAAGCACAGAGAAGGCAGAUUUAAUCACGCUGGACGUUGGUCUCGGUGACAUUGCUAGCCAGUCAUACAGUCUACGACCAUUAGCAGUCGAAAAUUACAACGCAUCCCACCCAGAAAGUGGGCUGUACUAUUAUUCGAAUAUAGUGGUACCUAUCGGCGAAAAUAUAGAUCCUUAUUCACUUCGACGCAAAGAGGUCUGUUUUGCAGGAGCAGGAACAGCGGAAAGUUGGAUCCUACCUCUAAGUCAUCUAAUGGGCGACCUUCGUGUCAUCAACAUCACACAGUGCAAUAGUGUUGUGCAGAACCUCGUCCAGUUUCUGGGUGAUUCCUGCAUACCUAAUGCACUUCAAAGUGACUUUAACCCCUUUGGAGACAACACACAGGAGAUAUGUCGUCUCUGCGCUGACGUAGGGACUCAGGCGUUUUGUACCUCAAGGGAUCGCUUUGCAGAAAAUCAGGGAGCCUUGCGCUGCCUACACGAGCAUCGCAAUAAUCCCGAGACCCGAAAACGACCUGUGGCAGCGGUGGUGAGAGCGCAAGAAGUUGAAUUGGCUAUCAGUGAUGGUUGGUUUCCAAAAGAACUAUACCAACUUCUCUGUCCAGCGCGACAACUCAGUGGUCUGUGGACUGCUCCAUUGAACGACUGGCAGAACUGUAACUGGGGUAAAAUUCCCGCUCGUCUCGUCAUGACGUCCUCGCGUCGGCUAGACAUUCAACCCUUCAAAGACUUCUUGAAUCUUCUUAUUGUCAAAUUUCUAACCAAUCCUACACCCGGGACGCCACGAUUCAACCUCUUUUCCUCCACUGAAUACGUCGUGCCCGGGGAAAACUGGAUCCAAAGGAAUCUCAUGUUCUCCGAUUUCACACAGACCCUCUUCUUCCCCCCGGAGGACCAAAUCACCACAUUCUACCUGUGGAUUGAUCCAACCUUCUUGGCCGCCAAAGAGGUGCUGAAUCAGUGUCCCCUGCCCACAAUCCGCUGGUGUGUGAUGGACUACUGGGAAAUGGAGAAAUGUGAAAGAAUGAGCAGUGCAUUCGCUGCGAAGGGCAUAAAACCUGAUCUGACAUGCAUUCUCGAGCAGACAACCAUCGACUGCAUGCGUUCCACACGAGACGGUUUCGUGGACAUGAUGAGCGUUGAGGCAGGGGAUUUAUACAUGGCAGGGAGCCAAUUCGAUCUCGUUCCCAUUGUCAAUGAAAACUACGGUAUCGGACCAUUUUACUAUGCUGUUGCGGUGGUACGAAAAGCGAAUCCAGACAUUCUCAUCUCCAACUGGAAGUUCCGGCGCACCUGUCAAAGCGGAGUUGGAAGAGCCACGGGAUGGAUAAUUCCUCUUAAUUUAAUUCUGGAAACAGCUCAAGUUCGAGUUUAUGGAAAACAUCUGAUUUUUGCUUUUAGCGAGUUAGUGAGCCAGGCCUGCAUUCCUGGGAUACAAGAUCAGGCUUUCAACCCUACUGGAAGAAUCCCACUCAAUCUCUGCGAGCUGUGUAUGAGUGGUGGCAAUGACCGAUGUCAACGGGACAAUCGAGAACUCUACUUUGGUGAGGACGGAGCUUUUCGCUGUCUCACUGAGGCAGGCCAGAUCGCUUUCACGCGGCACACCACGGUUCAGGCCAACACCGCUAAUAGAAAUCCCGACUACUGGGCCCGAAACCUACGCGAGGACGAUUUUGAGUUAUUAUGUCCAGAUGGACGUCGGCAGGAUGUUCAGAACUGGCGCAACUGCCACUUGGGCAAAGUACCCGCCAAUACUAUAAUCACGGCGCCGCACAAGUCGGAGAAUGAGCGACUAAACAUGUGGCGUUUGCUACAGUACGGUCAGGUGUACUACGGCGAUGAUUGGAACCCAGUAUUUCGGAUGUUCGACUCGGGAUUUGGUCAUCGUGACCUUAUAUUCAGCGAUCUGACUGAGAGUUUAACACUAAUUCCGUGGGCUGACCAGAACUACACGCAGUGGUUAGGAGCCGAAUUUCUGCGACUCGUUCAAGCCCUCAAGGAUGUUGGAAGCGAUGGUGAGUUGGACAUCUACCAACCUUGA